CUUCUCCGUUCGGCGCUGCUGCUUCGCAGGAAGGGAGCGCGCCUGGAGCGGCCGUUCCGCGGCUGGUGGUGGACCGCCUUGAUUCUGUAGUUUAGCAGCAAAAAGAACACCGUGGUUGUCAAUCACAGGCAAAAUGUGGGGAAAUCCUCGACCAGCUAACAGAAUGGGUCCUUUCCGUGGGAGCCAAGAAGAAAGAUUUGCUCCCGGGUGGAACAGGGAUUACUCUCCUCCUCCCCUUGAUAGUCUUGCUCAAGAAAGACACUCUGGCAACUUCUCUGGCAGAGAAUCACUUCCUUUUGAUAUCCAGGGACUCCCAGGCGUCCUCAAUCCUCAGUUUGCCAACAGAGAGGAACCUGCUUUCAGCUUUGGAGGUAGAGAUGGACCACAUAGUGACUUCAGAGGUGGGGAGGGCCAUUUACAUGAUUUUGGAGGCAGAGAUUACCCACCUUCUGACUUCCAGAGCAGAGAUGAGUCACAUUUGGACUUCAGGGGCAGAGCACCACUCCUUCCAGAUUUUAGAGGCAGGGAGAUGUAUCCAGGAGAUUUCCAGGAUAGGGAAGGGCAGUCAAUGGAUUAUAGUGGAGGAGACAUUCCUCCGAUGGAUUUCAGGAACAGGGAAGCAUUCCGUAUGAACUACAGGGAUAGGGAAGCCCAUGCUAUGAACUACAGGGCCAGAGAUGAUGCCUCAUCAGAUUUUCGUGCAAGGGGAACAUUUGAUUUAGAUUUCAGAAACAGGGAUGGAUCUCAUCCUCACUUUAGAGGAAGAGAUGUAUCUGAACAAGAAUACAGAGGUAGAGAGCAGCCAUAUUCAGAUUUUAGGAAAAGAGAUGUGCCUGAUGUAGACUUGAGAGGAAUGGGUGCUGCUGACCUAGACUUGAGAGACAGGGAUGCACCACAUCCAAACUUCAGAAACAGGCCCAAAUCCCAGGCAGAUCAGGAUUUUAGGGGUAGAGAUAUGCCACCACCUCUGGAUUUUGCUGCCAGGGAGACGCCCUUGGUGGAAACAAGUGUUGUCGACUACCAGCGCAGUCAGUCUACAGCACCUCUAACAGACAGGGAAUGCAAAAUAGAAGAGGCUGUUCAUGUUGCUAGAGAGAGGUCUUCCUUGGGCAUACAGAAUGAGGAGUUUUCACAGUCAGAGCCAAGAGCCAGAGAAGAAGAAACCCAAGAACAAAAUCUUGAGACUGAAUCUUCAGUAGAGUUCCAGAAUAGCUGUGGUCCUCCUCCUGCUCAUCAGGACCAAGAUAAGCCUCCUCAGGCCUUUGCUAGCAAUCAGGAACUCUCUGUGACUGAACAGCAAGUACCUGAAUCAUCUGGACUUGGAGUGAAGGAAAAAAGUGAACUAGAUUUCCUUGGAAGGCAGGAUACAGACUACAGAGGCAUUGAGUACCGAGAUGUAGAUCAUCGGCUGCCAGGAAGCCAGCUCUUUGACUAUGAACAUGGCAAGUCUUUUGCAGAAGGGAAGUCUUGUAAAGAUUCUCAGCCAGAUCUUCAGGACCAGGAUUACAGAACCUGUCUCAAAGAUGUAAAACCAAGCAAGCUGAUUCGACUAGGAAGAUUGCCUGAAAAUGCCACAAAAGAUGAUAUUCUCAACGCUUUCCAAGCAAGUGCUGGUAUCCCCAUGAAGAACUUGCGUUUAAAAGAUUAUACUACAGGUUACAACUAUGGCUAUAUCUGCGUGGAGUUUUCCCUCUUGGAAGAGGCCAUCGCCUGCAUGGAAGCCAAUCAGGGAACUCUUACAAUCGGUGGUAAGCAAGUGACUCUGGAAUACAGCCCGUUUCCUGAAUUUUGGAAUUGCAAGCGAUGUAAAGCAGCCCUUGUGGCGUAUCGUUCAUGCUGCUAUUUCUGCAGAUUGCCAAGAACUGUAACAGACGAAAAAGGUGAAAAAAGUGAAAAGGAGGAAGAAGAAUUGCUACCUGAGAAACCAACAUCAGAGGAAGAAAUUCUUGAGGAGCCUGUUCCUUCACAGGAGCCACCUCCUCAGAAAGUUGCUUCUGAACAGCAGUGCCAGCCUCCAGACACAGAACUCAAGAAGAAAGAUGAAAGCAGAGAAGAGUGCCCUUCACAGGAAAGGAAAAGGGACUCUGAAAUAUACCCACCUCGGAAAGAAAACCAAGAACGUGGUUCAAGAAAGACCAUGGAGACCAAACACCAGGAUGAUGAGAGUAAAACAAUUAUGUUAAAACGCAUCCCUCGCUUCACUCCACCAGAAGUGAUUGUGGGACUUCUGGCACCUUAUGUCCGUCUCUCUACUUCAAGUGUACGGGUGAUGAAGAACAAAGCUGGCCGGAUGGGCUACACCUAUGGCUUCAUUGAACUGGACUCACAUGCUGAGGCACUCCAGUUAGUGAAAGUUUUACAAGAUCUGGAUCCCCCAAUCAGUAUUGACGGUCGUGCAGUGGAUGUAAACCUAGCCACAGGAAAGAGAAGAAAUGAAUAUGGAGACCAGGGUGAUUCUUCCCGCUAUGGUCAGGGCAAACGAGACAGGAGCGACAGGAGAGGUUCUGAUUCACAGAAACGACGAUCAGAUUCAUCUUCUGAUGUUUCCACAUUCAUUUAUGACCCAGACACUGGAAACUAUUUUGAUCCCAUAUCAGGGGUAUAUUAUGAUCCCAAUACUCAGAGAGAAAUACCAAUGGGUCGAGAAGCAUCUAAAUCACCCCCACCACCAUCACCACCAUCACGUAGUGGAAGGAGACGUAAAAGCAGAGAAAGGUCAAAUGAAAGAGAGGAGACCUACAGCAGAGAUAACAGAGAGAGACGGGAGAGACACAGAAACAAAUCAGCCAAGAAUGAUUCCCAAGAGGAGAAGCUUCCUGCAGAAGAUGUCUUUAAAAAGCCACUACCUCCUAUUGUGAAGAAAGAAGAGAGUACACCUCCACCAAAGGUGGUGAAUCCUCUCAUAGGACUCCUAGGGGAGUAUGGCGGAGACAGUGACAAUGAGGAAGAGGAGGAAGAGGCAGAACAGCCACAGCCACAGCCUCCUCCUCAGCCUCAGCCUCCACGACCACCAGUGCAACAAGAAGAGCAGCCUCAAAAGGCUGAAAAUGAUGAAGAGAAACUGACUGACUGGGAUAAGUUAGCUUGUUUGCUUUGUCGGAGGCAGUUUCCAAAUAAGGAAGUACUGAUAAAGCAUCAACAGCUUUCCAACCUUCACAAACAAAAUCUAGAAAUUCAUCGGAAGAUAAAACGAUCAGAGCAAGAGCUGGCAUAUUUGGAAAGGCGAGAGCGAGAGGGAAAGUUUAAAGAAAAGGGAAGUGACCGAAGAGAGAGAUUUGAGGAACGGGAUUCACCAGAGAGAAAGCGGACAAGACCGUUCAGGAAUUCUGAAAGUGGUUAUAAACCCGCUGCAGGACGAAUGGAGAGCAAUAACAAAGGAAGCCGUAUGAUGCAGGCUAUGGGCUGGAAGGAAGGCUCAGGUUUAGGACGCAAUGAACAGGGCAUGACAUCACCAGUGGAGCCAGAAAAUCGGAAGAGGGGAGCAGGCUUAGGGACCCAAGGGAGGCCCAGCAGAAGGCAGUCUAAUGAAACGUAUCGGGAUGCUGUGCGAAGAGUCAUGUUUGCCCGCUACAAAGAACUUGAAUAAAUGCUGAAUAAAUGUGGAAAAGAUUCCCACCACAACCAACACAAUCCUGUACCCUUCAGCCCACUUUUGUGUCUGUCUGUUGUUUUUUGAAUCAAUGUUCUUUUGCUGCUCAAGUGUGUUUUUGUUUCUUUGUUUUUGGAAUAAAAAAAGUUGAUGUUUGA